AUGAAGUUGUCUAGCACUAUAGCUUGGUCAUUGAUAGCAAGCACAGGUUUCGGUUCAAGCGAGGCUGUGACUGCACCAUGCCACUCCUCUAACUACCUUGUGGUUCGCAAUGUUGAUGAACCGAAAACAGGACUCACCAACAAGGAUGAACAAAUAUACCUUGAUCAAUUUCUUGAACGGGACACACAUGGUAAUGACUCACUCGAUGAAGCCUUAAUGCCAAUGAUUAAUCAAUUGAUUCAAUACCAAACCCCAUCGAAGGAGAGGUCAAGGAAGACGAUAUAUAACCCAAGACUUAAAUUGUUGGUCAAUAUAGUCGGAGGUGAAUUGAGCCAAGAGCCAAAUUUCGAAUCAAAAUCGAUGCAAUCCGAAUUUGACGACUUGUUUAGAAAAGCUAAAUCAGAAAGAAGUGGUAAACUAACUGAUGUGUUGACCGCACUUUCGCCAAGCGAGUCAGUACAGAAGCAUUUCCAAUAUUUCUCUGAACGAACAAACAAAAUCUGGCAAAAUCACCAAGAAGGUUUGAAACAAGAAAUAAUCAACUAUAGUCCUACUAAUGAGGAGAUGUUUAUCCAUGAGUUAUCCUCGUUGGUCCACUUGCGUGACUAUGUAAAGGAUGAAAACCCAAACAAUGGACAGUAUUAUACUCAAAUUUCAUCGCUCUUGUCGAUAAAAAACAAGAUUGGAGCAGAUUCAACUACAUACAAGCAUGCAGUAGCAUCCUUGCAAAACACCCUCCAAUCAUUAGCUGAGUACUUUUCAAUUUUAGUUGUCGAAUCGCCAAACUACACAAAAGACAUUACCCAUUUACAAAAGAGAUCGCAAGUUAGGUCAUCAGUUUCGGCACCGGCAUUCAAGUACGCUAGCAAGCAAGCCUGUGAAGUUGCUACUGAUAAGUGCUCAGCCCACGGUGAAUGUAAGGAAAGCAAGGAGCAUUGGAGUUGUGUUUGUGAACCAAGCUUCAACAAAACAACAUCAAAGACCACUACUUGGGUUGGCUAUGACUGUGCCAAAAAGGAUGUCUCAGUACCUGCCAAUUUAUUCUUGUGGACUAGUAUUGCCUUAAUAUUGUCUUUGGUUGGUGGUGUCAAAUUAUUGGCUAGUAUUGGCUCGGAUCCUUUGCCAGGAGUAUUGGAUGCUGCUACGUUACCAUCGAAGAAGACUAUCUAA